AUGAUGCUCAAGAGUAAUCAUAGCCUUGCUCUAACACUCUUGCCUUUAAAGUCUGUCACAGAAAGCUUUGCCAAAGUGAUCCACGGCUUGAAGGUGGGACACCUGACGGAUCGUGUCAUUCAAAGGAGCAAGAGGAUGGUUCUGGAUGCUCUGGGAGUGGGGCUCCUGGGAACCAGAACAGAAGUGUUUCACAAAGUCAGCGGAUACAGUAAAAUCUAUAGUUCCAAUGUAUCCAGCACCGUUUGGGGCCAGCCAGAACUCAGGCUCCCACCAACCUAUGCUGCUUUUGUUAACGGUGUGGCUAUCCACUCAAUGGAUUUUGAUGACACGUGGUAUCCUGCCACCCACCCUUCUGGACCUGUCCUUCCUGUCCUCAUGGCUCUAUCAGAAGCCCUGCCACCAAGUCCAAAGUAUUCUGGCCUUGACCUGCUGCUGGCUUUCAAUGUUGGUAUUGAAGUUCAAGGCCGAUUACUGCGUUUCUCCAAAGAAGCCUAUGACAUACCAAAGAGGUUCCAUCCCCCCUCAGUGGUGGGAACUUUGGGGAGUGCUGCUGCCGCAUCUAAGUUUUUGGGGCUCAGCGUGACAGAGUGCCAAGAGGCCCUGGCUAUUGCUGUUUCUUAUGCUGGGGCACCCAUGGCAAAUGCUGCCACUCAGACCAAGCCACUUCACGUGGGCAAUGCUGCCAGGCAUGGGCUAGAAGCUGCUUUCCUGGCAAUGCUGGGUCUCCAGGGAAACAAACGGGUUUUGGAUUUGGAGACAGGGUUUGGGGCCUUCUAUGCCAACUAUUCUCCUAAAGUCCUUCCAGACCUAGAGUCACACACUUGGCUUCUGGACAAGCAGGAUGUGGCCUUCAAGCGUUUCCCUGCCCAUUUGGCCACCCACUGGGUGGCAGACACAGCUGCAUCUCUGAGAAGGCACCUUGUAUCAGACAAAGCCCCGCUGCCCAUUGACCGCAUUGAGAGAAUUGUGCUGCGAAUCCCAGACGUCCAGUAUGUGAACAGGCCCUUCCCCAGCUCCGAGCACGAAGCCCGCCACUCCUUCCAGUAUGUGGCCUGUGCCACGCUGCUCGACGGCGCCAUCACUGUCCCAGCCUUCCACAAACACCAGAUCAACAGGUCACAGGUGAGACAGCUGCUUGGUAAGGUGGAGCUGGAGCACCCUCGAGACAACCUACCAAACUUCAACUCACUGUACUGUGAGAUGAGUGUGACCCUCAAGGAUGGAGCCGUCUUCACAGAGCGUUCGGAUACCUUCUACGGUCACUGGAGGAAGCCUCUGAGCCAGAAGGACCUACAGGAAAAGUUCAGAGCCAAUUCCUGCAGGAUGCUGUCCUGCCACGCUGUAGAAAGGCUUCUAGAGACAGUAGGAAACCUAGAAGACCUGGAAGAUUGCUCUGUGCUAACCACACUUCUGAAAGAACCCUCUCCACCAAAGAUAGCUUCAAAAUCUAUCUAG